AUGGCUCGCUCAAAAACCACAAGUAGACGCCAUGGAAAACAUCCUGCAAAGUCUCCAGCUAUUCCAUUAGGAGGUAGUUCUACCCAAAGGAAAUAUAGAAGAAGACCAGGAACUGUUGCACUUCGUGAAAUAAGACGAUAUCAAGCAUCUACAGAAUUAUUAAUUCCGAAAUUACCAUUUGCUAGAAUUGUUAGAGAGACUACUUUAAAAUUUGUACCACAUGGUGAAGUAUGGCGUUGGACUGCAGAAGCCCUACAAGCUAUGCAAUGUGCUGCAGAAGCCUUUUUACAAGGACUUUUUGAAGAUGCUUAUUUAUGUACAUUGCAUUCAAAAAGAGUUACUUUAUUACCAAGAGAUAUGCGAUUAGCAAGACAACUUCGUGGUAGAUAUGGUGAUUUUAUAUAA